GAGAGAGAGAGAGAGAGAGAGAGUGUCAUGGGACCUUUGAGAUUAUAAACUCCUUGUUUUUGCUGCUGUGUCAAUGUUUCGCUCUUUUUACUCAACAUACGAGUCUUUUUAAAACGUUACCGAACAACAAUAUCAGUUGGACUACUAAACUACUAAACAGGAUUUUGUCUCCCUGGAAUGGAUAUAUCUGAGUCUAGUUUCUGUUGUGAGGCCAGUUCUCUGCCAGGCCAGGAUGGAGCCAGCCAGCGUGCAUGGGUGUCUUCCCCCAGCCCGGGUCCUGAUCGUGGGCUAGGACCCUUCGACCAGACCCCCCUCUCUGAAGAAUCUGGAGACUGUGGCCCCUCUGCGUCCCGUAAAGAGGCCGGUAUUGGAGCCCCAGGGAGUGGACCAUGGACAGGGACAAGUAGUCCUGACUCGACCCACCCAGGAGCACCUUCCUUGGGUAGCGGAGAAGGGAAGCCAGGGGGUGAGUCGAGGAUCCGUCGGCCCAUGAAUGCCUUCAUGGUGUGGGCUAAAGACGAAAGGAAGCGCCUGGCCGUUCAGAACCCAGACCUCCACAAUGCUGUCCUCAGCAAGAUGCUGGGUCAGUCGUGGAAGGCCCUGACUACUCUGGACAAGCGUCCCUUCGUUGAGGAGGCCGAGAGACUCCGCCUCCAGCACCUUACCGACCACCCCAACUACAAGUACCGCCCACGUCGCAAGAAACAGGCCAAAAAGCUCAAACGGGUGGAAGCGGGGUUCCUGCGCCACAGCCUAACCCAGGGAGGGACAGGGGAGGUCUAUGGACACCCACGGGAUAGUUACGUACAUCCAGGCCACCAUCACCCCCACCACCACCUCUUGCCUCCUCUCGGCCACUUUAGGGACCUUCACUCAGGAGACUUGGAGAGCUACGGCCUGCCCACACCGGAGAUGUCCCCCCUGGAUGUGAUGGAGGAGACAGGAGGGGACGGAGGGGUGUUCUUUCCCCCUCACAUGCAGGAGGACAUGGGCCUGCAUGGCGCUUGGAGUAACUACAACCAUUAUAACAACCGCCAUCACCACAACCCUCACAGUAAUCACCCCCGUUCUUUUAGUCAGAGUCAGGGUCAUAAUCAGGGUCGUAGUGGUCAUGAUCCUCAUCUUAGCCAGAGGGGCUCCCUGCUCUGUCGUCGUCCCCAGGAGAAGUGCCUCAGCCAGGCUCCAGAGCCUACGAACUCUCCCAGUCCUUACUCGAACCUCCAGGGCUCCUCUUUAAGCCUGUCUGAGCCAAUCAAACCUCAUCUUCCUAUCAGCAGUUCCUCUGUGUCCUCUGGUUACUAUAGCUACCUGUAUAGUAGCUCUGGAUCAGACACCAACCAGUCAUCUCACUUCACCUCUCACCUGGGGCAGCUCUCUCCCCCACCUGAGUCCUCAUCCCUGGCCCCUACAUCCAACCCCUUAGUCCCCCAGUCCCUGGACUCUAUACGGGACCAGCCAGGUCAUGGUUCCUUAGGUCCUAUGUCAACAGAGUUCUGGACAGAAGUGGAUCGCCAUGAGUUUGACCAGUACCUCAGCGCCAGCCGGACUCGAACGGAGGAACAUGGGGGUACUCUCGUCCCUGUUUCUAAUUCUUUGGAACGGUACGGGGGUGGAGCUAUAGCCCUGGGGAGGAGCCCUGUCGCCUGUGAGGAGAGCCAGACCAGUCCUCUAAUUUCACUUCUGUCCGAUGCUAGUAGUGUUGUCUACUACAGUACCUCUAUCACUGGCUAGACUCCUUGUCUUAGACUGAUUUAGUGUUCAGCUGUGUGCUGUAGUCUGGAAUAGUCCAGUAUAUCCUACCAGACCUGUGGCUCAACGGGUAUGUUUAAAAAAUACAUACUUUCAAUUCUUGAGUGGCACUUGAUGUCAUUUGCACUAUGGAAUAGUAACAGAUGUGCAAACUCUAAACUUAGGCAAACGCACCUCAUUAAGAAACAACAACUUUCAAGUAUUUGAACGAAUUGGACUUAGAUAUUUGACACAGGUCUACAGUUGAGGACUUGAGGACUUUCAGGGUAAGAUUGUUUUAUAGUCUGCAACAGACUACUGCAGACCGCUCUUCUACUUACUGCCCAGACAGGCAGAACUUUUAUAAUUAUAAGAAUGUUCAUUUUUAUUAUAGCCAUUUUUAUUCACUUCCUGUUUCCUGUUGUUUUAUUUGUGUUGAAUUAUUUGCACUGGGUCAAAAACGUGUGCACAGGAAGACCACUAUGGUAUAACACUUUGGGUUAACACAUUAUCUUGACAAUCCAUCUGGAGAUGCUCUACAGAUCAUCUACAGGCUAUCAGAAACAUUUAAACUGUCUACUAACCCUAACCUUAACCCCUAACCUUAACCCCUAACCUUAACCCUUAACCUUAACCCUAACCUUAACCCUUAACCUUAACCCUAACCUUAACCCUUAACCUUAACCCUAACCUUUAUUCUAAACCUAACUGAAACCUUAGCAAGCAGUUGCUUUGCAACAGAUAGUUUGUUGAUAGUAUGACCGUCUAUAGACCAUCUGUAUCUAUAGACCAUAUGUAGACCGUCUGUAUAUAUAGACCAUAUGUAGACAGUCUGUAGACCAUCUGUAUAUAUAGACCAUCUAAAGACCGUCUGUAGACCAUCUGUAUAUAUAGACCAUCUGUAGACCGUCUGUAUCUAUAGACUAUAUGUAGACCGUCUGUAGACCAUCUGUAGACCGUCUGUAUCUAUAGACCGUCUGUAUCUAUAGACCAUAUGUAGACCGUCUGUAUCUAUAGACCAUCUAUAGACCAUCUGUAUAUAUAGACCAUCUAUAGACCAUCUGUAUCUAUAGACCAUAUGUAGACAGUCUGUAGACCAUCUGUAUAUAUAGACCAUCUAUAGACCGUCUGUAUCUAUAGACCAUAUGUAGACAGUCUGUAGACCAUCUGUAUAUAUAGACCAUCUAAAGACCGUCUGUAUCUAUAGACCAUAUGUAGACAGUCUGUAGACCAUCUGUAUCUAUAGACCAUCUAUAGACCGUCUGUAUCUAUAGACCAUAUGUAGACAGUCUGUAGACCAUCUGUAUAUAUAGACCAUCUAAAGACCGUCUGUAGACCAUCUGUAUAUAUAGACCAUCUAUAGACCGUCUGUAUCUAUAGACCGUCUGUAGACCGUCUGUAUCUAUAGACCAUCUAUAGACCGUCUGUAUCUAUAGACCAUCUAUAGACCGUCUGUAUCUAUAGACCGUCUGUAGACCGUCUGUAUCUAUAGACCAUCUAUAGACCGUCUGUAUCUAUAGACCAUCUAUAGACCGUCUGUAUCUAUAGACCGUCUGUAGACCGUCUGUAUCUAUAGACCAUCUAUAGACCGUCUGUAUCUAUAGACCGUCUGUAGACCGUCUGUAUCUAUAGACCAUCUGUAUCUAUAGACCAUAUGUAGACCAUCUAUAGACCGUCUGUAUCUAUAGACCAUCUAUAGACCGUCUGUAUCUAUAGACCAUCUAUAGACUGUCUGUAUCUAUAGACCGUCUGUAGACCGUCUGUAUCUAUAGACCCUCUAUAGACCGUCUGUAUCUAUAGACCGUCUGUAGACCGUCUGUAUCUAUAGACCAUCUGUAUCUAUAGACCAUAUGUAGACCAUCUAUAGACCGUCUGUAUCUAUAGACCAUCUGUAGACCAUCUAUAGACCGUCUGUAUCUAUAGACCAUCUAUAGACCAUCUAUAGACCGUCUGUAUCUAGAGACCAUAUGUAGACCGUCUGUAUCUAUAGACCAUCUGUAUCUAUAGACCAUAUGUAGACCAUCUAUAGACCAUCUAUAGACCGUCUGUAUCUAUAGAUCAUCUAUAGACCAUCUAUAGACCGUCUGUAUCUAUAGACCAUCUGUAUCUAUAGACCAUAUGUAGACCAUCUAUAGACCAUCUAUAGACCAUCUAUAGACCGUCUGUAUCUAUAGACCAUCUAUAGACCAUCUAUAGACCGUCUGUAUCUAUAGACCAUCUAUAGACCAUCUAUAGACCAUCUAUAGACCAUCUAUAGACCGUCUGUAUCUAUAGCCCAUCUAUAGACCGUCUGUAUCUAUAGACCGUCUGUAUCUAUAGACCGUCUGUAGACCGUCUGUAUCUAUAGACCGUCUGUAGACCGUCUGUAUCUAUAGACCAUAUGUAGACAGUCUGUAUCUAUAGACCAUCUAUAGACCGUCUGUAUCUAUAGACCAUCUAUAGACCAUCUGUAUCUAUAGACCAUCUGUAUCUAGAGACCAUCUAUAGACCAUCUGUAUCUAUAGACCAUCUAUAGACCAUCUGUAUCUAGAGACCGUCUGUAGACCGUCUGUAUCUAUAGACCAUAUGUAGACAGUCUGUAUCUAUAGACCAUCUAUAGACCGUCUGUAUCUAUAGACCGUCUGUAUCUAUAGACCGUCUGUAGACCGUCUGUAUCUAUAGACCGUCUGUAGACCGUCUGUAUCUAUAGACCAUAUGUAGACAGUCUGUAUCUAUAGACCAUCUAUAGACCGUCUGUAUCUAUAGACCAUCUAUAGACCAUCUGUAUCUAUAGACCAUCUGUAUCUAGAGACCAUCUAUAGACCAUCUGUAUCUAUAGACCAUCUAUAGACCAUCUGUAUCUAGAGACCAUCUGUAGACCGUCUGUAUCUAUAGACCAUCUAUAGACCAUCUGUAUCUAUAGACCAUCUGUAGACCGUCUGUAUCUAUAGACCAUCUAUAGACCGUCUGUAGACCGUCUGUAUCUAUAGACCAUCUAUAGACCGUCUGUAUCUAUAGACCAUAUGUAGACCAUCUAUAGACCAUCUGUAUCUAUAGACCAUCUGUAUCUAUAGACCAUAUGUAGACCAUCUAUCCAGAUAAAGUGUGACCAAACGUUGUAAUGAAACCGUUUUUAAAAUGGGUGUAUCAGCUUAAUGGGACGAUCUAGUUUCCAGACGAAGAUGUCAAGGCCAUGUGACUGUAUGAGGUCUGCAAUAGUACGAGACGAGGAGUUCAUUUGGAACAAGGUUGGACUUUUUCUAUUUACAUCAAACAGUUGUUCAUAUUUUAAUUUCAGUCACCACACAUGAAAGGGCAAUCUGGGAUUAGGGAAUCAUUUGAAGGACUUUUAAAAUGAAUUACAUAAGAGCCUUCGUGCCAAAAAAGGGUGACGGCUUUGUUGAUGUUUGAAUCCCAGAUUACCCCUUUAAAGACCAUGUUGAGCAGGUCAUAAAUCAUGUCCUUUUGGUAAUAAUUAUAGUAUAAUAAUUAUCUUUGAACAAAAGCAAAGUUUGGAAUAAAACAAACAAAACCAUCUCUCUGCAAUGAAAUACCAAAAGGAAAAAAACGUCAUUGUAAUUAGGACAUUACUGUGACUCAGGAUUAUUUUUUAAAAACAUAUUUCAGUUGUUGUUUUUAUUGAAAAGGUCAUUUUUUAAAUGAAUA